AGGAGGCGCCCUGGGGAAGGUUAAAGGGAGCAGAGCGCGGGUCGGGGCGCAGAGCCGAGGGGGCGCGCUGUGUGCUAACUGUCCACCCGAGCGCCAAGGGGUGCUGUGCGGAGGCACUGGGGAGCACAGAGUGCGGUGUCCUACCGACGGACGGGCGCCCCUCAGAGGCUUGCCGAGAGGCAGCACUGGGCCUUUCCUUCUCAGCUCUCAGUGUCAACACUGAGACCCCAGAUGUGUCCAGAGACACCCUGAAGAAGCUGAGGGGCAGGGGAGCCUUAGGGCACCCACAGGGAGAUUUCUGAAGCUGAUUCAGAGCCAGAGAAUUUGCCUACUAUUUGGAUAAAGUUCCAGCUCUGCAGCCUGGCACUCAAGGCUCUCCAUGAUCUACUUCAGAGAAGUCUCUCUCUAUCCCACGGUCUACAUUGUUUUGUUUUUUUUUUUUUAAUUUAAAUUUUAAUGUUUGUUUUUGAGAGAAAGAGACAGAAAACAAGCAGGGGAGGGGCAGAGAGAGAGGGAGACACAGAAUCCAAAGCAGGCUCCAGGCUCUAAGCUGUCAGCACAGAGCUCAACGUGGGGCUUGAGCUCAUGAACCAUGAGACUGUGACCUGAGCUGAAGUCAGCUGCUUAACCGACCGAGCCACCCAGAGCAUCCUCCAGUUCUUUGCCCGCUGCAAUCCCUAUUGCUAUGGAGACCACCAACGGGACUGAGACUUGGUACAAAAGCCUGCAUGCUGUGCUGAAGGCUCUAAAUGCCACUAUUCACAACAACCUGCUCUGCCGGCCAGGGCCAGACAACCUGACAGAGAAGCGGCGGGCCAGCCUACCUGGCCGUGAUGACAACUCCUACAUGUACAUUCUCUUUGUCAUGUUUCUAUUUGCUGUCACUGUGGGCAGCCUCAUCCUGGGAUAUACCCGCUCCCGCAAAGUGGACAAGCGCAGUGACCCUUAUCACGUGUACAUCAAGAACCGUGUGUCUAUGAUCUGAUGCUAGGGGGCCAGGAAUGGCAGAAUAUCAAGACACCAGAACUCAGUGCUGGACCACAUCAGGCCUCAGUGUCCCCAUCUAUAAGAUCAACAAGAGAAAGGGCUAGAAGAAGCUAUCAUUAGGGUGGGAGGAGAGGGGCUGGGAGACCUGGGCCUUGCGGAUAAAGAUUUUUUUUUCCAGCAAAAGCAGACUUUUGGGAGCCCCAUGAACAAAUAUAUAGAAGUAGCAAAAGAUAGUAACCACUACUGGUCCAGUGGCUGGAGUACUGGGAGCUAGGAGCUGGAGGCUGGAGGAAGGAGAAAAGGAAGUUGUAGCAGAAGCAAAUGAAACGGGAAGAUGCACAGAGGACAUGUUUUUUGAUGCGUUAUCUUCAACGACCAUGAAAAGCAGCAGUGAUUACCAUAUCACAGAUAAGAAAUGAGUAAUGUUACUUAUUUAUAUUUGUUCACAUUUUAUAUUUUUCCAGACAUUUAACAUUUGUGAUUUUACCCCCUGUGAAGGAAGCAAAUUAAGUACCAUUCUGCCCAUCUGGGCCAGAGUAGCCAUAGCUGGAACGUAGGAGCUCUGGUUUCCUUGCCUAGUGCUUUUUAAACACGGGACAGGAUCCAGGCCUGAAACUUACACAAUUCUGGGGGUCCCCUUAAGAAAAAGAAUUCAAAAUAAUUUUGCUUUUGCAAAUAUUACAAAAACAUAUUGCCAGGUCAAUACUAGGACCCCUCCCAAGACCCUAAGGAGCCAUGCAAGUGCAGGGCCCUGAAUGUUAAGGCUCUUUAGUUCCAUGAUUCGUGCACUUCUCCAGCCAGGUCACAGUGCCCUUCCGAGCCACAUCUCCAGUCACUACCUCUAACACAGCCUCUUCUGAUUUGAUUAAACUCUGGGAAGAAUUUUCUGACACCAAACUGAAAUCUGCUUCUAGAAGGUUAUUAUCACACCUAGAAGAUUACCAUAUUAAAAGAAGGAGAGCAUGCAAGGCAGGUACCUGGUUCAGUGGAAGGAUUCUGGUACAUGAACUGAGUGGUCAUGCCUUUCUCUGAUCCUUUUCCCACUUCCUCACAAUGAAACAGUUCAACUUGAAAGUCUGUAAGAGCUCUACUAGUUCUGACAUUCUGGUCUUCACAUACAUUAGAUUAAAACCAUAAAAUUGUGUUUGUAGGUCAAAAGCAGCUGAAUAUCAGUAGUUUUCAUAUGGUUCAGCCUAAUAUGUGCAAUGUGACGAGUGAAUACCUUACAAGCUACAAAUCCCCAGCUGGAACCUCGCACUGUUCUGUUUGAUUUCUGUUUAAGGGAUGUACAAAGGGUCUCCAGAAAGCCCUAUUGAAACAUACAUAUUUGUAUAUAGCAAAAACCCUGAAAGAAUAUUUUGAUAGUAAUUAUCUCUGAAAAAUAAGGAUUGUGAUUUUCCCUUUUUUACUUAAAAAAUUAUGUAAUAUUUGAUUUAUCUGACCAUAAGUAUGCUACUUGUAUAAUUGGGGGCGGGGGAGGGGGAAGCUA